AUGAUUAAGUUUGUCUGCGCGGUGGUGAUAUGUUUGCUGGUAGGGACUGGCCCGGCCGUUGGGCAGUUUCCCCGCUCUUGCUGCACAGUGGAGGGCAUUCAGACCAAGCGGUGCUGUCCGGUCUUGGGGGCAGAUCCGGGGAAUGUGUGCGGAGCUCUGGCCGGGCGUGGAGCCUGCGUGCCCGUGAGGGUGGACAACAAGCCAUGGGGAGGACCGUACCAUCUCAGGAACGUGGACGACAGAGAGAGGUGGCCCACGAAGUUCUUCAACCAGACCUGCAGGUGCAAUGGCAACUUUGCUGGUUUCAACUGUGGUGACUGUAAGUUCGGGUGGACGGGGCCAAACUGUGACCAGCGGAGGGCCCCUGUGGUCAGGAGAGACAUCCACACGCUGAGCCCGGCUGAGCUGCUGGACUUCCUGGACGUCCUGGACCUGGCCAAGACGGCGGUGCACCCGGACUACAUGAUCGCCACGCAGCACUGGCUCGGUGUGCUGGGGCCCAACGGCACAAACCCACAGUUCAGCAACAUCUCCAUCUACGACUUCUUUGUGUGGCAGCAUUACUACUCUGUGCGCGACACUCUGCUCGGUCCUGGGCGUCCGUUCAAAGCCAUCGACUUCUCGCACAAAGGGCCGGCCUUCAUCACAUGGCACAGAUACCACCUGCUGAGCCUGGAGCGAGAUCUGCAGAGGCUGAGUGGGAAUGAGAACUUUGCGAUCCCGUACUGGAAUUUUGCCACUGGUCAGAGCGACUGUGACGUGUGCAGAGACGACAUGCUGGGGGCCCGGGAUGCCGCCAACCCCUCCCUCAUCAGCAGGCAGUCCCGCUUCUCCAGAUGGGGCGUGGUCUGUAACAGUUUGGACGACUACAACCGGCUGGUGACUCUGUGUAACGGCACGAACGAGGGCUCCAUCCAGAGGGGCGUGAUGGAGGGCAGUAACAUGUCGCUGCCCACCAUGAGCGACGUACGCAGCUGCCUGGGCAUCAGAGAGUUCGACAGCCCGCCUUACUUCACCAACUCUUCCUUCAGCUUCAGAAACGCUCUUGAAGGCUAUGAAAGGCCAGACGGGGAACUGGAUGAAACAGUAAACAACCUUCACAAUCUCGUUCAUUCCAUGCUCAAUGGCACGAGCGCUUUGUCCCACUCCGCCGCCAACGAUCCUAUUUUUGUGGUGCUGCAUGCUUUUACCGAUGCCAUUUUUGACGAGUGGAUGAGAAGGUUCGUCCCGUCCAACGCCACGUUCCCGGACGAGAUGGCCCCUAUAGGACACAACAGGGAUUACAACAUGGUGCCCUUCUUCCCUCCUAUCACUAAUGAGGAGAUCUACAUUACCUCGGAGCAGCUGGGGUACUCCUACUCCAUCGCUCUGGAGGCCGACAGCAGCUCUCCGGUGGUGGUCCUGGGCUCCACUCUGGGGGGGGUCUUCGUGGGGCUCCUGCUGCUGCUGCUGCUCCUGGUGCUCUACACGCGUCAGCGCAGAAACUCUGGAUUUGAGCCGCUGAUAAAAGCAGACUUCACCAACAGGAAGUACACGGAGGAGGCCUAG